AACACGGCCGUCCGGCUCCCACAAAACGUGCGGGCGCGCAUGCCUUUCCGUUUCUGCCUUCCUGCCAAUCCCAAUAAUGGAGAGAGAGGCCGGCCGCGAUGGCCGCCCCGGCUGGUCCGGAAGGAAACCCAACCCAUUUAAGCGCGGCCUUCGUCGUCCCUUCCCCCCCGGCGGGUGAUACUACUACUCCAUGCGGCCUCGCCUCCAACUCUAAGGCCACCCCCCCGCGCGCGACCACUCGGCGCCAUGGCCACCCGCACCAGCAAGGCCCGCCACCGCGCCGAGGCCUCUGCUCCGGCCACGUCGGUGGCCGUGGCGGCGGCCAGGGCCCAGGACUCUCCUCCGGCCCCCGCCGCGGCCGCCGCCGCCGCGCUGCGCCGUUCCGCGGCCUUCCCCCCGCGCCGCGGCCACCAGCAGCAUCACAGCCAGCACUACCCCAACGCCUCGCCGCAGCACCCGCACCUGCACCUGCGCUGCGACAGCGAGCGGAUCGGCAGCAGGCAGCCCCGGUGCGGCGAGGUGGCUGGCGGCACGGCGGCGGGGUGCGCCGCCGUGUGCUGCUGCUUCCCGUGCGUCAUGGUGGAGGUGGUCGUGCUCGCCACGGUGCGCGCGCCCGCCGCGCUCUGCCGCCGCGCGGUCAAGGCGCGGCGCCGGGCGGGCGGAAGGCGGACGGCGUCCGCGGGGCAGGCGGCGGACAUGUACGAGCUGCUGGUGGACGGCGGCGGCCUGGGCCUGGGGGCCGAGGCCGGCGGCGACGCGGCGGUGGUCUGGCCGGCGGUGAAGCCGGUGGACGAGGCGGGGGACAUGGAGAAGGAGGUGUGGGCCAGGUUCUACGAAGCGGGCUUCUGGAGGAGCCCGUCGCAGCUGGGCGACGAGAUCAGAUGAUCAUGACAGGCGCGCUCCUGCGGGUUUCUUCUUGAUUCUUUCUUGCUCGAUCGGGGUUCCUUCGUUUUGUUUUGUUUUGUUUUUCUUUACCUGAAGGAACCCUGCAUAGUAGAGGAGGAAAAAGGGAAGCUUGUGUGUCGUGUUUGAUCGAUACCGCAUUCUUGUUCCACCUUUUCUCCGCUCUUUUCUUUUCUUCAUUUUUUCCUUUUCGUGUGGGAUUUACUACGGAGUAUUCCUUUUAGAAGGGAAAAACAACAAUUCUCUUCUACGUUGCCAAUGUAUGGAAUGAAUUGUAUAUAUUGAGUGAUGUGAUAUCGCGGUAAAGAAAAGAAAAUACUCGAUC